AUGGUGUUUCUCGCAAACUUGGAAGGCCAAGGCCUCGUCUUCACCUAUGGUCUUUUCGGUGUGCAGCACGACGAACUCACAAGCGAAAAGAAGAAGACAAUAUCAACUCUGUAUACCUUGCUGAGUCAAUCUGCCGAUCGAGUUGAUCAUCUACAGGACGAGAGCCAUGGUGUUCCCCGCGAAGGUCCGCGGUGCACAACGUUUGUAGCAUACUGGCUCAAGUCUGGCGACUACCAGAAGUGGAAGGAAACGGACGAAGUGAAACAAUUUUGGGACAACUUGCCUGAUGAUGCGGGCGUUUGGCGCGAGGUCAUGACUGUCCCCAAGUCUCGUUACAUGUUCGCAGCCAACCAGCACGAGACAUCCGGACUGGCCACAAUGUUGGGUCUCAAAGACAGCACUGACGAGGCAUACUGGGGCGUCUACCGGCAUCGCCUCAAGGCAAAUCCCGAUGAGUACACGGACCCAAGUGAUGGCUUUACAUCGCCGCUCGUCACCACCUCCAAAGUCAAGCCUGACCCGAGCAAGAAGGUGGUGGAUUUGUCGAAAUCAUCGCUGUCCGACAAGAUCAGAUAUGGAAGGGUCAAGAUCAACAAGAUCCCCGAUAAUCUGUGCUAUUGUCGCGAAGGCCAGAGACAGCCGAACCUGCCUCCAGAGGAGCUUGAGAUGUGGAAGGAAAAGCUGGCACCACACGCUCUAGCUUGGAUGACCCAUCUGGACACGGAGCGCAACAAGAACGGAGUGGUCUCCUUCACAUUCAACAUUGCACAUCUCCAUCCGAAGCCUACCCUUGACCCGGGCACAGAUCUAGAGGUGGAUACCGAUGCAAUUACCGAGACGAACCAGUUGAUGUACCUGCUUGACCUCGCACAUUUCGAACAGGCUGGCCGCUCUUUCAAGGAUCAUGUCAAGCUACGACAGACGACGUUCGAAAUGUACGGCCCCGGAGGUCCGCAUAGUGCAACCGGCAAACUCUCGAUCUGGGUUGAGCUUUGUAUUUUGAAGUCGGACGACAUGGACGCCGAGUACGUUGGCUGCAGAGAAGGGACAGGCCUGAUGAUAUUGGAGCAGGAGUAA